CAAAUGCUGUCAUGCCGCUGCCAUGCCAGCCGGCGGCCCGGAGCCGGCCGCUGGUUACGACGUGGUGCCCGAUCCGUCGCCUUCUACGCGUAGGACUCGCAUCGCUGCUACCCCUGAUUGUCCUGCUAAUCUUGGCCGGCCGCAGUCGUGCUGCGGCUUCCUCGCAGCCCGCGACCCGUUACGCCUCGCGCAUCGUCGAGACCAAGAGCGGACAAAUACGUGGAAUACUUCAGGAAUUGAACAGCCGGCACUUAGACCCUGUGGAAGUGUUCCGCGGGAUACCUUACGCUGCGCCUCCCAUAGGAGAUUUAAGGUUUCGACCUCCGAUUUCGCCGAUACCUUGGAACGGUGUCAAGCUGGCAGACACCUUCGGCGCGGUGUGCCCGCAGAAUUAUCCGGACCUCACCAAUAACACCGCCGCGCUCUUGCAGAUGCCGCAAGGCAGGUAUCAACAGCUCAAGAAGAUGGUCGUUUUUAUGGCCAACCAGAGCGAGGACUGUCUCUUCCUCAAUCUGUACAUACCCGGAAGCGGAUCUCGAGGACUCGAGGCGCCGUAUGCGGUGAUGGUGUACGUACACGGCGAAAGUUUCGAAUGGGGAUCGGGUAACUUGUACGAUGGAUCGGUCUUGGCGAGCGCCGGCCACGUCAUAGUGAUCACGCUCAACUAUCGUCUCGGCAUCUUAGGAUUCUUGAGGACUCGUCCGUUCCCUGAUCGAACGAGCGGAUCUGGCGGGAAUUUGGCUUUAAAGGACAUCACGAUGGGACUCCGUUGGGUGCGUGAAAAUAUCGGUGCCUUCGGCGGCGAUCCGACCCGGGUAACUCUAAUGGGCCACGAUACCGGAGCGGCGCUGGUGAAUUUGCUAUUGCUCGCUCCUUACAGCAAAGGAUUAUUUCACCGUGUGGUAUUAUCCAGCGGCUCGGCACUAAGUCCUUGGGCCUCAGUGCACGACCCGAACGAUAUCAGGGCGAAGAUCGGAGAACAGAUGGGUUGCUCGACCGAGGGUGACGAAGAUAUAGCUGACUGCCUCCGAGGAGUACCGUUGAAGACCCUCAUGGAGGUGCAAUUACCGGAAAUCAGAUUUGUGCCCCGCAUCGGGCCGGGCCUACCGGUGGAUCAAAACAAUCCCGAUCCGGGUCUGGACAUGGAACGCGCGAGCGAUGCGUUCAUCAAGGUGCCGCUGAUCCUAGGUGUCUCCACGACCGAGUCGAAUCUUGACUUCAACAACAACGACAUACAAUUCGGCUUCGAAGAGGAUCAUCGGAAUCGCAUCCUUCGCACCUUCAUCCGUAACGCCUACAUCUACCAUCUGAAUGAAAUCUUCUCGGCGGUAAGGAACGAGUACACGGACUGGGAUAAGCCGGUACUUCAUCCCAUCAUAAUACGGGACUCGACCAUGGAGGCAUUGAGCGAUGGUCAUACGGUCGCGCCACUCAUGAGAAUCGCCUUCUACCACGCCAGGCGGGGCGCUAAGACGUACUUUUAUCACUUCAAUCAUCAGUCCAAGGACAGCGGUUACGUCCAGCGCCUGGGGAGCGUUCGUGGGGAGGACAUACCGUAUAUUUUCGGACUGCCGUUGGUGGCAGGCGGAGCUUUCUUCCCGCGGAAUUAUUCCCGACAAGACCAGGGCGUUGCAGAGGCCGUACUCACCUUCUUCACCAAUUUCGCCAAGACCGGUAACCCAAACGAACCGCACAAGAUCGAGUCGGUCGACUAUGGCACGCCGAAGGAGAAGACGCGAUUCCGCGGUCUCACAUGGGAACAAUAUGAGACAGGAUCUCAGCAGUAUCUCACGAUAGCAUUGAAACCGAAGAUGAAGAGUCAUUAUCGCGGCCACAAAAUGGCUGUAUGGCUUAAUUUGAUACCGCAACUCCAUCGUCCUGGCGACGAUGACGUUUCAAUGCGGCAUCAUCACUUUCGGGAACGAGGCGAUCAUUAUUACGCAGGACCGGUUCGAGACGAAUGGUACACGCCACUGCCGCUGACGGGCACGACUCGGACGAGUUCUUCCUCAACUACCGCCUGUAGCACAUCUACGGGAGGUGAGGAUAGCCUUAUCGAGGAUAUUACUCCGAUUCUCGAUGAUUCCGAGGACGAUGCCGAGCUGCUGCAGAGACUGGCGUCUCGACAUUACUACAGCACGACCACUGCCCUGGGGAUUACCGUAGGCGUCGGUUGCAUCCUUCUGGUUCUGAAUAUGCUGAUCUUCGCUGGCAUUUAUUAUCAGCGGGAUCGCGACAAGAAACGUGCCGCCAUGGACUGUAGACCGAAUGGACAGGAGUCUCUGCCGAUGACCACAAGGACGUCCAUGAAGCCCUCCGAUAAACCGCGACCUGCUCAAGAGCCACCCCCCUCGUACACAACUCUCGCGAGAAGUCCUUCCAUCCAGGAACAGCAGCAGCUCACGCCGGCCCAGGAAGGCCUGCAAGACAGCGAGCAGUUGAGGAAAGAAUCGAGAUCCGGUCAUGGGACCAGCGGCAAGGACGCGAUCCCUCCGAAACCGCCCACCAGGACCACCAGUUCGCUCACCACUGCCGGCAAUACCAACACUAUUAAGAAACGCGUGCAGAUACAAGAGAUAUCCGUAUAGCAUUAGGGGUUGCCCCCGGAGGGCAACGCGCGGACGAAGCGAGUGACCUUUAUGGACUCGGAAAAGGCCACCACGGAGUCUAGAUUUUAAACGAUAUAUUCUCUUAAUUGAACGGUGCGUCAAUCGAGGGAAUUUUUCAUUUAUCGCGAUCUUUUAUGCAGGGUGUAUUGUGUGUGAAUUGUGGUUAAAAACGUGGUCAACGUAUACAGCGCGUCUGGACUUUAGCCGUUACUACUGAAAAUGGUCGAUUGUUGUCGACUCUUACUACUUGCAGUGCGACAUGACUGACUAUAUAGCGCGGUCGCGCUACUGAAUUCUGUUAUUACUGCUAAAUUGCGCCUGACUGUUACUACUACUUGUGACCGGUUCUUUCUACUGGUAGGAAUGUAAGAUUGCACGUGAUCGUUAUUUCUAAUAGAGACGUGGAUUGUACGUAGUUGCUAUUUAUAAUGAAACGGAAUAUUCUUUGUUGUUUUUAAGAAAGUGAUUGCUAAAGUACUCCUCGUGACUAUAUUACAGGUAUAUAUAUCAGGUGCUCGCAAAGUAUUUUAUUCAAAGGACAUUUUUGCAAUUGUCUUCAAUCGACACGACGUUUCCUAGCCAUUCAAUUCAUCGGAAUAAAUAUAUUGAUUCUCUCAGAGACUGUGGCAAAUAGGUGGCCUUAAGCAUCACUACAGUAUAUAAGGGAAACGUGUCGGUAUUUUCGAUAUCAUAGAAAAAGAGCGCCUGACUAGGAAAUAUUGAAACGUAUAAUGAAAUUCUUAAGAAGCUCUAAAUUGAAUUCUUUGUUAAAAAGUAAUUAUACGUAUAAGAAUACCGGGUACGGAUCGAUGCGCGGUAAUCGACGACGACAAUGACGAAUCCGAUCUAAAAGAUCUCGAAACGGAAUCGGAAUACCAAAGCCCUGUACACGAUCGCAUACCAGUCUCCUCGACGACUGCUUUGUAAAGCAUCGAUUGGAAGGAAGAGGCACUCGAUUCGAAACGGAUCAAACGGAUUGGAUGCGAUAAGCGUCUGUUAUUCGCAAGCGAAACGAAUACGAUGUACGCGGAAGUACCAUUCGUAAAGUGAAAGUGUCGUUUCCGCCUUUGCAACACCUGGCAACACAUAUAGCUAAGCUAUACAUCCUUCGAGAAACGUGUAAUUUCGAUCCUGCCGAGGAGAACGGCUUACUUAAUAGCGCUCGCGAGUGCUCGCCAAGUUUACUCGAGCGGAAAGCGCAAUUCUCCAACCGCGUUACCUGUCGCGCAAGUGCACAAUUACGAGUGCAUUCGACGGAGGUAAAGCCGUAGAACGGCAUCGGGAGUACGAGAGACUACGACCGAGCAAUGCGACGACUUUCGAGAGGGCGGACUCGACCUUCCGCUGAGUGUUCUUCUCGUAGAGAAUAGUCCGACAGUCACAAGUAUCGUACCACCACGAAAUUGCGGCUAGAACUCUUCAUCGUGAUGAUAUAUACGCGUUCUGUAAAACCACUUCCACUUACGGUACGUUUCUUGUUCGAGAACCUCGAAAUUUCGCGAUUGACAGUACAUCUCGUAUAUUCUUUUCUACUUUGACAUACAAAACAAGGUACGAAUAUUAAUACCGUAUA